AUGGGGAAUAAAUUGGGGAGGAGGAGGCAGGUGGUGGACGAGAAGUACACUAGGCCUCAGGGGUUGUACCAACACAAGGAUGUGGAUCACAAGAAGCUCAGGAAGUUGAUUCUCGACUCAAAGCUGGCACCUUGUUACCCUGGUGAUGAUGACUGUGGAUGCGAACUCGAGGAGUGUCCUAUUUGCUUCUUGUAUUAUCCAAGUCUGAAUCGGUCAAGAUGUUGCUUGAAAGGCAUUUGUACUGAGUGUUUUUUGCAGAUGAAGACUCCCAAUUGCACCAGACCUACUCAAUGUCCGUUUUGCAAAACAUCAAAUUAUGCUGUUGAGUAUCGAGGUGUCAAGACGAAGGAGGAGAAAGGCCAGGAGCAACUUGAAGAACAACGAGUUAUAGAAGCCAAAAUAAGGAUGAGACAACAAGAAAUUCAAGAUGAAGAGGAAAGAAUGCUUAAACAAAGAGAACUCAGGUCUUCCAGCAGUAUGAUAGGACCAACCGAGGUUGACCAUUGCUCGACUCUAGCACCAUCUUUUGCAUCUGCAAUUGAGAGUGAAGAAAUUGUUGCUUCCCAUGAGGGCAUGGCAAUUAGGCCAUCUCCACGCCGAAGGCAAAAUAGGGAGGACGAGUUUGACCUUGAUCUCGAGGACAUCAUGGUAAUGGAAGCUAUUUGGCUUUCUAUUCAGGAAAACGGGAGGCGCCAGGAUCAUCCGCCCUACAGCGAUGAAUCCCAAACCGAACAAUGCAUAGCGGACGAUCGUAGCCCCUCGCCUUCCGGUGGUCUAGCAUCUGUUUGUGGGCCACAGGACGAGAGCCAAUGUGGGCCCAGGCCCGUUGGGGGCCCGAUUAGGCCCGAGAGCUUCGAGGAGCAGAUGAUGCUGGCAAUGGCUGUAUCAGUGACCGACACCCGAGCGAGGAACUCUCCACCUGGCGUUGCUUGGCAGUAG